AACACCACCCUCCGAUACUAACAACAGCGUCACAAGUCCCCAGCCAAAAUGACGAAGGGUACCUCCAGUUUCGGAAAGCGCCACAACAAGACGCACACGCUCUGCAGGCGUUGCGGUCGCCGAUCCCUUCACAUCCAGAAGCACACCUGCGCCUCAUGCGGCUACCCUGCUGCUAAGACCCGCAAGUUCAACUGGGGCGAGAAGGCCAAGCGAAGGAAGACCACCGGUACCGGCCGCAUGCGAUACCUCAAGACCGUCAACCGCAAGUUCAGCAACGGAUUCCAAACCGGUACCCCCAAGGGCGCCAAGGGCCCCACUGUCAACUCCUCGUAA